AUGGAGCUGAAGAGAGGAAAGACUUUCAUCAAAUCCAGCCUGCACAUUACUCGUGAGAAGUCCCCAGGCCCAGCAGCCGCUGCCCCAGCCAGGGACGAUGCAGGCCCCUGGUCAGUCUCACCAGGAGGGCAGCAGCAGGUCCAUGGUGAGAGAGGCCCCCAAGUCAGUCUCAGUACCCACGGAUAUAACAGGUGCUCCAAAAAGGGGGCACAGCGAGACCCUGAAAGUGGUGCCACAGAUCUUUGUGGUGCCGCCUUCAAACUGGUAUGGAAGAGCAAGACUCACAACAGUGUGCCUGGGGCUGGCAGGAUGGUCACAGCCACAGGGCCUCUGGUGGGCAGCUCCAGCUUCCCUGGACCCUCUGGUAGCCAGCGCAUUAUUGAUUACCGGCACUUUGUGCCCCAAAUGCCUUUUGUGCCAGCUGUGGCUAAGAGCAUCCCAAGGAAGAGGAUUUCCCUGAAAAGACCCAAGAAGUGCUUUCAGAACCUAUUCCACAUUCACAGAAACAAGACUGAGAACUUGGCCUCACUGGCAACCAAGGGGAAGAACCUGCCCUCCCCCAGGAGCCAGUCAGAGGAUGGAGGGCAGCGAGGCAAAGCCUUCUUCCCCAUGGGGGAGGGAUUGGGGCUAGAUGGCUUGUGCCAGGACCUAUCUGACAGUGAGUUCUUGCCCGAUUCCUCUUUCGACUUCUGCAAGGCCCUGUGUGAGGACGUGGCUUCACUCAAGAGCUUCGACUCACUUACGGGCUGCGGGGAGAUCUUUGCGGAUGAAAGCUCAGUGCCAUCCCUGGAGCUAAACGAGGGCCUGGAGAGCUCAGCCUGGUCAUUGCAGGCCCUUGGGAGCAAGGUUUCCAGUUGCCCUUUCCAGGGCAGCUUGGAAAAGCUGGUGUCUCCUGCCCAGAAUGACAUGUCUGACUUUGCCAAGUUCUGGGACAGUGUGAAUCACUCUGUGAGGCAACAACAGCGCGCUCUACUGGGCCCAGGGCUGGAGGGUCCUCAGGAAACAGACAUAGCCCAGCCCAGGAUGGAUUCAGCUGGGCUCAUUGAUUUCCCUCUGUGUCCCUGCAGGGACCUCCUCAGUGGUUCUAAAACCAGCUCCAUAGAUACAGGUACCCCCAAGAGCGAGCUGCCAGAGUCUGUGUCCACGAGUGAUGAGGGCUACUAUGAUGCCUUUUCACCUAGCCUUGAGGAGGACAGGAAGGAAGCCGUGAGCCCCGCCCCUCCUGCAGCCUCCUUCCCUCGGGAGAGCUAUAGUGGAGAUGCCCUCUAUGAGCUUUUCUAUGACCCCAGUGAGGACCCUGUAGGCCAGAGCCUUGAUGACGAGUUGUGUGUGUCUGAGAGUCUGUCAGAGCCACCACUGGAAGCACCACUAUCCAUAUGUAGCUUCCACAUGGGGGCAGAGGAAAACUUGGCCUCAGGGCCAGGGCCAGACCUGCUCAGCCAGGGCUUCUUGCAGAGCUCCUGGAAGGGCAAGGAGUGCCUCCUGAAGCUCUGUGACACUGAGCUCACCAUCACUAUGGGCAUUAUCAACUGGCUUCGCCGUGGCCCUGAGUUCCAUGCUCUGCCUGUCUCAACCACUGGGGAGCUUGCAACCCCACUCAGGGGACUGGCGGACAAGCUGGGUUCUGGCUCUGAGGAGAAACGCCCAGAUUUAGUAAAGCUGGAGGGCAGGGAGGCCCAGGCCUCAGAUGCAGGUGGGAUCAAAGUAUGCUCAAGACCCAGCAGGAAGGAUCUGUGGGUACAUUUGGGUACCAAGGGCUUGCUUACUGAAGAGAGUGAAGUUUUAGCAGGGGCUAAGCAGGGGACCAGCUCUCUGUCCAGGGACCUAUCUCUGAAAUGUGUUCAGGUCUCUGAGGAAGAAGAAAUACGAGGUUUCCACGAGGGUUCAUUCUCCUCUUUGGGGUCUGCAGCCUCCGUGAUGACAGGUACUUCCAGCAAAAACAAGGUUAUAAACCCCUUUGCCUGGCCCCACUCCCAGGAGCUCAGGGCACCUGGAAAUUUGGGGAGGCCAGGUCUUAGGGAAAGCACCCUGGAUACAGAGCCUACCCUGAAAGGCUGUGUGGCUCAGGUUGCAGCCCUGCAGAUUCACCCAGACAGCGAGCCCCAAACAGUGCAACCCCCAAGGCAGAACACAAGCAGCAGGCUCUGCAGGCAGCAUCAGGCAAGAGACAUUAACAUUCCACAGCAGAAAGAACCUAACAGCUUCCCUGGAGUAGCUGCCAUCUGUGGCCUGCCCUCCUUGACCAGCCUACUCCACAGCCCAGAGGAUCAGAAGUGCCCGGGUCUUUUCAUGGACAUAAGCCAGCUCAGGGUGGAGCCUACCAGGCUGGAUACCCAGGCCUGUGCUUCUGUGGAGGAACAGCCCCUCACAGCUACUCUGUGGAGGAGUAGCUCAGUUUGA